UCUCCGACUUUUGUUUUUACGUUACGUCACUUCCGGGUGUGUGAUGGCAUGACAGCAUUGGGAAGAGAAAUCCUUUUUCGGUGAUGGGUGCAGACAGUGGUCCCGGAGCUCCGGCGGCUGUCCCGUGGCGCAAAGUGCUGUACGAGCGGCAGCCGUUCCCAGACAACUACGUGGACAGCCGUUUCUUGGAAGAGCUGCGACGCAACAUCCGGGUCCGUCAGUACCGUUACUGGUCUGUGGUGCGAGAGACAGGACUGAUCGCACAGCAGGUGUCGUGGGUAGCGAUCUUUCUCACAUUAUGGUAUUACAUGGAACAGGGUGUCCUGGUGCCAUCCGCGGUGUUGUGGGUCAGCAUGGGUUGCGCUCUGCUGGGCUACGGACUCUACGAGAUCCUGGGAAGAGCUGGGGUCCGAGAGCGCACACGCCUGGCAGACCUGCAGAGCGCCGCCAUCUUCCUGGCUUUUACCUUUGGGUUCUCCCCUGUUUUAAAGACACUGACCGAGUCUGUUAGUACAGAUACUGUGUAUGCCAUGUCAGCUGUUAUGCUCUUAGCUCACUUGGUGUCCUUCCCCUAUGCCCAGCCUAGCCCACCCGGCAGCCUUUCCCUCAACGCGGCCCUUUUCGGGUCGGUGUGCCUGGCGUCACGGUUGCCUGGUGCCCUGCAUACCUUCACCAUGCUGAGCUGUGCUCUUCUGGAAUUUGCGCUCUGGCCGUGUCUGCUGCAUCGAAUACGUGAGAAGGCGAAAUGGAGCUUUCCGUGGGCAGCAGGGCUGGUGUGUCUGGGUGGAGUGGGGGGUGUGGGUAGUCUGUGGCCUGAGGGGGCUGUGCUUCUUUCUAUGGCUCUGUUAAUACUCACCUUACUGUGUCCGUUGUUACUAGUUCACCUGCAGAGGCAUAAGGACAAUAUACAUGGUCCCUGGGAUGAGGCAGAGAUAAGAGAGGAUCUCUCUCACUUCCUGGACUAAAAAACUAGACUGGAAACCGCAUGGGUUAUAGGAUUUUAUUUUAAACCAAAUUUUGACACCGUCCUAAAGAGGGCUGGUUUUAAGACUUGCACUUUUCUCAAGCUCGGGGAUGAAUAAGAAUUGUGUGUCUGAGAUAUCAGAAUAGGACAGUUUGCAACUAUUAAAAGGGUGAAAUGAGCUUGUCCGGGUCACAUUAUCAAAAGAAAAACUCAUAUUUUGCAUAAAGGACUUUUGAAGAGUUUGUUUGCAAAAACCAAUAACUAAAAAAAUCUAAAAUCGUGUUUUUUUACUGUGCAUUCCAAAUAAAACAUGAUAACAAUACACAUUUGAACAUUUUUGUUUUUGCAAACAAACUCUUAUUUUACAGGCCUUUAUAGGAACAGGACAACUUUUUAUUGCCAAAAUGCAGUUGAAUUAUUUUCAUUUGAAAUUGUAAAUAGAUUCUCAUUACUGAAAUAGUGUUUGUUAACUGUAUUUUUAUAGCAUGAUUUACAAAUACAAGGAAUUUAUGUACUACAUAAUGCUCAAAUGUAUUUAUGAUUUUAUGUUUUGUAUAUGAUGUUUUGGGGAAACGUGCAGUAUGACCCUGAGAUGUUUUAUUUUAUGAGACCCAUCUAAAUUGGUUAAAUUCACUGUAGGGAACUGUAAAGACUUUAACAAUAUUUAUAUAAUUGUAUGUUCCUGAAUUGUCUACUGUUUUAAAAAUGCUUUAAAGAAUAUUAUUAUUAGUAACAUGCACAGUGUUCAAAUAAAUCC